CAAACAGUCAAUGUGACGAAAAGAAGUUUAGUCCAGGCAAAAGUCUUCCUUACAAGUAUUAGUGAAAGGCCUGCCUCAGCAUGGAAUUCCUCGCUCUUCUUGAUUGCAACUUCAUACAACAGCAUAAUGUACGUGGAGGUUGCUGCGGUGUACUGGAGCAUGCAUUCAUACUGUACCAAUGGCGUCGACAGCAGCGUUGGAACGUCUGUGUAAACAUGCUGGGGGAUUUGCCUGAAGACUGGAAGGUGCGGUACGCCAUCAGCCAGCUGUCCUUGUUCAGCUGGAUUCUCACGUGUGGUAUCCCAACCAGUAGCGGUGACUUGCUGGCCACAGACGAAUCGCGUCAAUGCCGUAAGCUAAAGUUGAUCACUUAUAGCGCGUCUACCCCGUAACGUCAGUCAACUUUUACCAUUUCAAAAAUGUCGGAAGACACCGAGACGCUCGAAGCGGUCUUCUCCUUCCUAUCGCAGAUCGAUCUGCCGUCUGGUUUCGAAGAUGAAGCUUCGCGGUUGGAGAUAUCCCAUGAAGACGAGGUGACGCUGGACGCUCUGUGUGGAGAAGAACUACCGAUUCGAGAUCAAUUGACACCUGCAACGACACCGGUUAAGAACAGUAUCAAGGUGUCAGAUGAUGAAGCGAGCAACGGGAGUCCGGUGUCUUCGGAAGACUCGGUACAACCGACACAGAGCAAGGAGAAGCCGAAGCGAGUUCGGAUUUCUCGGAAGCAGCAGAUCGACACUCUGCGCGAAGAAGUCCAGGAGCUAAACGAACAGUUGCAGAGUCUACUACCUCAAGUACAGCCUGGGUCUGCCUCGCACAUGCACAACGGACAACUCGUGCCACGACGAGUUUCCAUGUGGGAAGAAAUUGCUGCGAGACAACUCGAACGACGGGAAAAAUCAGAAGAAGAGAACGCAAAGCUGCGGGAAAUGCUCCAGAUUCAGAUCCACGAAGCCAGGAACUUGCGACGAGUGCUCAAGCGCCGAACCAAGAUAGAGAUGAUGGAGGAUAUGUUGGGUAUGAAGCGACAGAAGAUGCUAGACUACGACGUUCCGGAUGAUAAUCCGCAGGUAUUCGAAGAUAUGCUUCGAGAUACCGACGAACUCUACGUGGGUGUAGAGGCCUUAUUCCAUGAAAAGCGACUGUACGACUUGCCGUGUCCUGGUCGACGACGUGAUGCUAAGCGCAACGUCACCAAUGGUCUGUUCCUAGAACUCUUGCAACGCCAUGCGGUGCCAUUUGAUAUGGCAACAACCGAGAAAGCUGUGUGGAAGGCAAUGAGAUUAAUCAUCUUUCAAGGAUUGACCAAGGUCCAUGAGUUCUCGCCACGCGUCCAGUUCCACGCUCACCACGUCGAAGAGUCCAGCAAUACACUUAAAACGAGUUUCUUUGUGGAGGCCGCCGAUCUAGGCGACGUGAAAGGCGCCCAGCUCCGCAAAGUGGUCCGCAAAUAUGUGGAAAAUGAUCGCGUGGUGUUCAUUUGCAAGAAUUUGAUGGAGCCGAUACUGCAUGACAAGGGAAAAACCUCUGGAUUCUCCUCACGUACGACGUUGCGCAUCGUUAUCCGUUCUGACGAUUCGACGGAUUCCGGACUUGGACAAACCUCACGGAUCGAUAGCCACUUUAGCGCAACGCGUCACAAUCAAGGCCUUUCGAUUUCUCGAGAUGUCACCUCACCAGCUAACAUGGAUGUGGGGAUUGAGGCGUGGGAUGAAGCCAUUUCUCGCAUUGCUCAUCAAGUAGAGAGCUUAGCGAUUGACGAGUCGUGCACCAAGGUUAGCUCGUCUUUGUCGGCAGUAAGAUAAUCUAUCGCAAUGUAUUUUUCUACUUGUUGGCGGUCGCAUACUCCAAAAUACUGCAGUCCAGAGAGCGAACGGAUCCGUCAACAUUAGCGACCGACACACGACUAUCGUACAGUUCUCAGCAAGAACUUUUUGAGCAGUUUUUCGAAUGAAUGCAGAAACUUUGCCAUCCUUAAUGCAUUGAGUCCCACAAAGCCUGCUCGAUUUCAUGUCGGACGUUCUUUCGAGA